CGAAAUAAUUCAACUCUAUCUCCCUCACUAUCCCCAUAAAUAGCAGGCUUUCAAUACCACACAUUUCACACCAAACACCUUACUCCUCUCUCCAAAAAGUAAAACCCCUACUACUACUCCUAGCUUACUGUUAAUUGGAUCGACAGCCAUGACAAAAGACGUUGAAGUGGCGGAGCACCAUGGCGGCAAAGACUACCAUGACCCACCUCCGGCGCCCUUGAUCGACGCCGAGGAGCUCACCAAGUGGUCUUUCUACAGAGCUGUCAUCGCCGAAUUCAUUGCCACCCUCCUCUUCCUUUACGUGACCGUCUUAACAGUCAUCGGCUACAAAAGCCAGACUGACCCGGACUUAGACCUUGAUCAGUGCGGCGGCGUUGGCGUUCUCGGUAUCGCAUGGGCCUUCGGUGGCAUGAUCUUCAUUCUCGUUUACUGCACCGCCGGAAUCUCUGGAGGACACAUUAACCCUGCGGUGACAUUCGGGCUGUUCUUGGCAAGGAAGGUGUCGUUGAUUAGGGCAGUGUUGUACAUGAUAGCACAGUGUUUGGGGGCAAUCUGUGGUGUGGGUUUGGUGAAAGCUUUCCAAAGCUCCUACUACAACAGAUACGGCGGUGGUGCCAACGAAUUAGCCGACGGCUACAACAAAGGCACUGGCCUCGGUGCUGAGAUCAUCGGCACCUUUGUUCUUGUCUACACCGUCUUCUCCGCUACUGAUCCUAAGAGAAGUGCUCGAGACUCUCACGUUCCUGUAUUGGCACCACUACCCAUAGGGUUUGCAGUCUUCAUGGUACACUUGGCCACUAUCCCGAUCACCGGCACCGGAAUCAACCCAGCCAGAAGCUUCGGCGCUGCCGUGAUUUACAACAACGAGAAGGCCUGGGACGACCAAUGGAUCUUCUGGGUUGGACCGUUUAUCGGAGCGGCAAUAGCUGCGUUUUACCACCAGUUUGUAUUGAGAGCAGGAGCCAUUAAAGCACUUGGUUCUUUCAGAAGCAAUGCAUAAUCUGAAAGAAGGUUUAUUCAUCAAUCAUCAUCAUUCAUCCAAGAAAAUAAAACUGAUCGAUAUGCAUGGAGAACAAGAAUUUCAUUAUUCGUUUGAGCGUGGUUUUCUGGUCAUUGUAAAUGGAUGGAUGUGACAUAUGAGUGUGGAAGUGUUCAAUUGUAGAUACUAAUUUAAUUUCUCUUUGAGGAAUAUCGCAUAUUGUAUUUCGUUUUUUUUUUUUUUUUUUUUUCUGAAUCUUCAGUCAUG